ACUGGUUUCGAUAUUAGAAUUCAUCCACCAUAUAUAGUUUCUUAUGUGAUAAUAGGUGGCUGUUUAAAAUGUUCUCAAGUUGCACUUUCUGUUACCAAUGCUAUUCCGUUCGAAAAAAGAUCUCAAUUUGAUGAUAAACAACCUCUUCUCGAUGUAGUAUUUUCUCCUGAUCUACUCGUUCCUCACAAGGCCUUACCUUUAAUUAAAAACGGGACACAUGUCUAUUAUAAUUACGAUAUAACUUCUAUUGAUCAAACUAAAGCUAGUGAAUCAUUUAAUAUAAGGUACAAUGAACCGCCGAUACCAACUAACAUCACCAAAUUAUAUGUAACUAUUGGUGCUGUUGACCUUGAUGAUGAGGAAUCUUUAGGCU